GGUUAUAAAAUUGAAAUUGUAGAAAGCCGGUGGUAAAUUUUGGCUGCAUUUGGUGGUUCGUUUGUGAUAAUCGUUUCUUAUAGUUUGGUAUAUAUUUAAUAAGUUAAAAUUAUUGAUUGCCAUCAUGGAGCUCGAAGGGGCCAAUUUAAUUACACUCAGUGAUUAUUUACAUCGUACCCUGAGUCCAGAUGUAGAUUUCAGAAGACCCGCUGAAAAAUUCUUGGAAUCAAUCGAGGGAAAUCAGAAUUAUCCGGCGUUGUUAUUGCACCUAGUUGAGAAACAGGACAUUGAUUUAACAAUUAGGAUAGCUGGCGCCGUAGCCUUCAAAAACUACAUCAAACGUAAUUGGAAAAUUGACGAAGAUGGAGUUGAUAAAAUUCACGCCCAGGACCGCGAAGCAAUAAAGAAACUAAUAGUAAACCUCAUGCUGCAUUCGCCGGACUCGAUUCAAAAGCAACUGUCAGACGCAGUAUCAAUAAUUGGACGUCAUGACUUUCCAAACAAGUGGCCAGAUCUCAUCGACCAAAUGGUGGACAAAUUCAAUACAGGAGACUUUCACAUUAUCAAUGGAGUCCUCCACACAGCCCAUUCUCUCUUCAAACGUUAUCGCUACGAAUUCAAGAGCCAAACACUCUGGGAGGAGAUUAAAUUCGUCCUCGAUAAAUUUGCCAAGCCCCUGACUGAUCUGUUCCUGGCAACCAUGAAUCUCACCCAAGUUCAUGCUAAUAAUGUAGACGCUCUCAAGGUCAUUUAUAACUCACUAACGAUCCUGAGCAAAGUUUUCUACUCAUUAAACUUCCAAGAUUUGCCAGAAUUUUUUGAAGAUAAUAUAGAAAUAUGGAUGGGAAAUUUUCACACUUUGUUAACUACUGAUGUUCCCCUUCUGAAAACCGAUGAUGACGAAGAAGCUGGAGUAAUCGAACAACUUAAAUCACAAGUUUGUGAUAAUAUUGUUCUUUACGCUCAAAAGUACGACGAAGAGUUUCAGAAUUAUGUUCCUAAAUUCCUGGAGGCCAUCUGGGCUUUGCUCAACUGCACAGGCCAGCAACCGAAGUACGAUGCACUUGUUUCUAACUCACUCCAAUUUUUGGUGACGGUUGCUGAUAGAGAUCAAUACAGGCCCCUCUUUGAAGAGCCCCAAAAUCUCAGGAACAUCUGUACAAAUCUCAUCACGCCGAACAUCGAGUUCAGGGAAUCUGAUAAUGAACUGUUUGAGGAUAAUCCUGAGGAGUACAUCAGAAGGGAUAUUGAGGGAAGUGAUGUUGAUACUAGACGGAGAGCUGCUUGUGAUCUUGUUAAGGUUCUGGCCAAGUAUUUUGGGGCCAAAGUUAUGGAGAUUUUCGGUGUUUUUAUUAUGGAACGUUUAGCCGAAUACGCAGCAAAGCCCUCCGAGAACUGGCGUAAGAAAGACGCAGUAAUCUACUUGGUAACCUCCAGUGCAAGUAGAGGUCAAACUCAAAAGCAUGGAGUGACUCAGAGCAAUGAAUUCGUACCUCUACCUCAAUUUGCUUCCCAGCAUAUUCAGCCAGAGCUGGCAAGACCAAACAUCAACGAAUUUCCGGUUCUCAAAGCUGACGCCAUAAAAUUCAUGAUGACCUUUAGGUCAAUUCUCCCACGAGAAUUAGUUAUAGGGAGUCUACCCCAUAUGAUCAGACACCUAACAGCGUCAAGCCCAGUGGUCCACAGCUACGCAGCCUGCGCCAUCGAGAAAAUCCUUGCUCUGAGAGGUCCCAAUAACGCCGUUAUCGUGAAAGGCGAAGAAAUUGCUCCGCUUGCUGCUGAUCUCCUCAAAGGUCUCUUCGCUCUUCUGGAACUAUCAGGAUCGGGGGAGAACGAGUACGCGAUGAAAGCAAUCAUGAGAAGCUUUGGAACUCUGAAGGAGAACAUUGUGCCAUUCCUGGGAGAUCUUCUGCCAAAAUUAACAGAGAAGCUGUCAAUUGUCGCCAGAAACCCCAGCAGACCGAAUUUCAAUCACUACCUCUUCGAAACUUUGGGUCUCUCUAUCAGAAUCGUCUGCAAGACCAAUCCAGAGGCGGUCAUUUCCUUCGAGCAAGUUCUCUUCCCAAUUUUCCAAGGAAUUCUCCAGCAAGAUGUCCAGGAGUUUAUGCCUUAUGUUUUCCAAAUUCUGGCACUUCUACUAGAGCUUCGCACUGGACAGGAAGUACCUGAGCCUUAUAUGGCCUUGUUUCCUUGUCUCUUGGCACCAGUUCUUUUUGAAAGACAGGGAAACAUUCAUCCUCUCAAUCGACUUCUGCAGGCAUUUGUCAGUCAUGGAGCACAUCAGAUUAUCACACAGGACAAGACCAGUGGACUACUUGGAGUCUUUCAGAAGCUCAUUGCUUCGAAGGCAAAUGAUCACGAAGGAUUUUUACUGAUGCAGACCAUAAUUGAGCAUUUUCCUGCCAAUAUUCUGGAGCCGUUCAUGAAGCAAAUAUUUGUUCUGCUAUUUCAACGACUCUCUUCCACCAAGACUACGAAGUUCGUGAAAGGACUCAUCGUCUUUUUCGCAUAUUAUAUCAUCAGGUAUGGAGCUUCGGCGUUCAUCACGAUGAUCGAUCAGAUCCAACCGCAGAUGUUUGGAAUGGUGCUGGAGCGAGUUGUCAUUACAGAUUUACAGAAAGUCUCUGGGGAGAUUGAAAGGAAGGUUGCAGCUGUAGGAAUGUCCAAUCUACUUAUCGAUUGUCCGGCGAUGAUUGAGAGUCCUUAUAAUAUGUUUUAUCCAAAACUUUUGGCUACGCUAGUGGAGUUUUUUGAAUUACCCCAGGAUGAAAGCUCUUUGCCUGAAGACAUGCUCAUGCCGGAAAUCGAUGACAAUCCUGGGUAUCAGGCGGCCUAUAGCCAACUCAUUUGCGCCAGAAAUCCGAGGAAAGAUCCACUUGCAGCUGUUGGUGAUGUACGGUUGCACCUUGCCCAAGGCCUCGGUCGACUACCCCCAGGACAGCUUCCCGGUCUUCUCGGACAAAUUCCAGAACCCAACGCCAAUCAUCUGCGAACUUACUUGCAAACUGCUGGCAUAACUGUUGCAUAAUACGAAAUUAACGUUCGUCAAAAAUUGAAGUUACACUUAAUGUCACGUAAAUUCAAUAAUAUCGAACUUGACAAACUGUAAUCAAUAGAAUGAAAAAAACUGAAACAAUGUGAAAA